UAGAAAGCUGUUAUCCUGCUGGUUGCAGAGCAUGCCUAGAAUCAAAAGAAUCCUUCAUAAUUAGGACAAACUCCUUAGUAGCUGGAGAGGAAGUUAAGUCCUUGCAUCCCCGUGUCUUUAUCUCUGCACAAUUCUGGGGAAUGCAGUACUAGAAGGAGCUUGAUAAAACAGCUGUCCAACCCUCUAAUGUUAUACUUAGGUCAGUCAAACCAGCAGGACCGAGGAAAGGGGCGAGGUGGCUUUCAGACGGAAGGACCGGUAGUCCGUGGAUGAGCCGGCGGUGAGGGAAGGUCUCGGACCGCUUCAUUUGUGGGGAUGGACUGCCACCUGGUGCCUUUAUCUGGUACCAUCCAGCGUCAAACCCUCCAAACACUAUUGGACUGGGUUGGUCCAAUCAGGAGAAUCGGCUUAGGAGGCAGGUGAUCACUGGGAAAUAGAAAUUUGCCCCGCCCACUACCCUCACAGGAAACAGGUAAACAGGGGUAAGGAAAGCCUUUCGAAUUUGAGAGGACUGUCCGGCCUGCCCCCUACCGGCGUCUAGCGUACGGUCGUUUUACGACAGUGUCCUGCUCGCAGGCUUGCUUUCCGGCAGCGUGGUCUGACGUUUCGCUCAGUUUCCGACAGCGAAGCGUAGGCUGCCCCCAGGUGUGAAUGGGCCUCUGAGAUCCCUUUUUUGGAGGGAUGACUCGAGAUGAAGAUGAUGAGGAAGAGGAAGAAGAAGGAGCCACGUGGGGCCAUGGAAGCUCGAGGUUUGAGGGUCCCCAGCCCCCGGAGGAAUUUGGCUUCGGCUUCAGCUUCAGCCCAGGAGGAGGGAUGCAGUUCCAUGAUAACUUCGGCUUUGAUGACCUAGUACGGGAUUUCAAUAACAUCUUCAGCGAGAUGGGGGCCUGGACCUUGCCUUCCCGCCCUCCUGAACUUCCAGGUCCUGAAGCAGAGACACCUGGUGAGAGACAGCAGGAGGGACAGACGCUUCGAGACUCAAUGCUUAAGUAUCCAGAUAGCCACCAGCCCAGGAUCUUUGGGGGGGUCUUGGAGAGUGACAUAAGAACUGAAUCCCCAAAACCAGCACCAGACUGGGGCUCCCAGAGACCUCUCCAUAGGUUUGAUGAUAUGUGGCCCGUGACCCCCCACUCUAGAGCCAGGGAGGACAAUGAUCUUGAUUCCCAGGUUUCCCAGGAGGGCCUUGGCCCAGUUCUGCAGCCCCAGCCCAAAUCCUAUUUCAAGAGCGUCUCUGUGACCAAGAUCACUAAGCCAGAUGGGACAGUAGAGGAGCGCCGGACUGUGGUGGACAGUGAAGGUCGGACAGAGACCACAGUAACUCGUCAAGAAGCAGGUGGCAGUCCUAGAGAUGAUCCAGAAGCACCAACACCUCCAGCCCUGGAUGAUACCUUUUCCAUCCUGGAUUUAUUCCUAGGACGUUGGUUCCGGUCCCGGUAGCCUUGUUAACCCUCAGAGACCUUCAGGUUCUUUCCACCUUCCACCCUUUGCUCACCAUCAAUGGGCUUAGCCUCUUCUGCCACCUCCGGGCUUGGGUGUGUCGAACAGUGAAUUGGGGGUAUGUCAGUAUGUCACUUGCCCAAACUGACUAAUAAAACGUUUAUUUAUGCUAA